AUGACUUCUGAACUAAAAUUUAAAGAACUAAUUACAAAGCGCAGUUCCAUUAAGGGACGCGUGACUAAAUUUAAAAUAUAUCUAGAAUCAUUAGUAGCUUUGGAAAGUAUUUCUGCCGUAGAAGUCAACAAGCUAGCAAUGAAGCUAUCUAGAAUGGAAGCAUUAUUCAUUGAGUUCGACGGGCUACAGAGUCAAAUAGAGGUGCAUAGCGAGGCUAAUCAAUCUGCUGAAUUGUCCACCCGCGAUUUUAUAGAACAAGAAUUUGAUAAUUGCAUUGCUAUCGCUCAAGAUUUAAUACAGUCUAACAGCUCAGCUCCCAAGCGGGUGGAAGAGCGCUGCUCUUUAAAACUUCAAUCUAAUACCUCGUCGUUCGAAGUCUCUAUGUUUUGUCUAGUAUUGAAAACUAUAUCUGAUGACUUACCCAAGCAUCAUUUCAAUAUUAGUUCUCUAAAGUUAAAUAACUUGGAGCUUGCAGACCCCAGCUUCAACGAACCAUCCCCUAUUGACAUGCUUAUAGGCUCUGACCUGUUCUGGGACCUGAUAGGUUCCGAACAGCGGUCUCUAGGGUUGAAUAACCCUAAUCUUCAUAGCUCUAAGCUCGGAUGGCUCAUCGCAGGUCCUGCGCCUAUUCAAAUGCAACCUCCACCUAAAAGGUUCCUAACCUGCAACUUUCUUCAAAGGAAGGAUAAGCUCGAGGACAUUCAGGAGGAUCUAUCUCAAUUCUGGGAACUUGAAAAUGUCCCUAAAUCCCAACCUCUAUCUGAGGAAAAAAGGCUUUGUGAGAAGCUUUUCAUCUCUGAUACUCGCCGAGAAAGUGAUGGUCGUUUUUGUGUAGGUAUCCCUCUACGGGAUGAACCAGAUUGUCUGGGCGAAUCCUACUUCAUAGCAAAAAAAAGGUUCUAUAAUCUUGAAGCUCGUUUUAGAAAAAAUCCUGAGUUGAAAAACAUGUACUGUGACUUCAUUCAUGAGUACGCCGACCUUGGCCACCUUUCAGAGUCUACAGAGACCAAACCCCCAAAUUCCUAUUUUCUCCCUCAUCGCCCAGUGAUUCGAGACAAAAGUGAAACCACUAAACUUAGAGUUGUGUUUAACGCCUCUGAACCCACUACUUCUAGCCUAUCGGUAAACGACUUACAGAUGGUGGGCCCCACUGUCCAAGACUCUUUGUUUAACAUCUUAGUUCGAUUUCGUCAGCAUCGAUAUGUCAUUUCUGGAGAUGUAGAGAAGAUGUAUCGACAAAGUAGAGUUAGAGAGUCGGAUCGCAAUCUGCAACUAAUCUUGUGGCGCGACAAUGAAGAUGAAAAAUUGCGCACUCUAAGGCUCAAUACUAUAACCUACGGAUUUGCGAGCUCUAGCUUCCUCAGCACCAGGUGCAUAUGGCAAAUCGGGGAUGAAUGUGACGACUCUACCAUCAAAACUAUUAUUCAAAAUGAUAUCUAUUGUGAUGACUUAUUGACAGGGGCAAGUACGGCCGAAGAGCUACGUAGCAUUCAACGCGCGGUUUCCAGUGAGCUGGCUAAAGGCUGCUUUCCACUUAGAAAAUACCGCUCAAACUUACUUAAUGUCCUAGAGGCUGAUCCUAACAAUAAUAAAAAUCUAAUCAUCAGCAAUGCCGCAAGUACCCUUGAGCUCUGUGGUGCUUUCCUUGGAGCUGAAUUAAGCUCUGCUGUCAUUAAAGCGUUGAGAGUCGAACUUAAGCGCUGCGUCUUUUGGACUGACUCUUGUGUGGUUCUAGGCUGGCUUAGAUCUCCCGACAAAACCAAAACAUUCGUAGCAAACAGAGUCGCUGCCAUAGGCGAACUCACCGACCCAAAGGCUUGGCGCUAUGUUCCCACUGCUGAAAAUCCCGCUGACCUCGCCUCACGAGGUGUAGAUCCCCAAGAGGUCAAUGAUUCAACUAUAUGGUGGCAUGGCCCUAUGUUCCUCAUGCAACCUGAGUCAUCCUGGCCAAUCUUAUCAGCUGGCAAUGAAGUCAACUUACCUGAAUUAAAAGCGAUGCACGCUUUGGUGGCGGAGGAUGUACCUGCGCAGCGUACCAAGUGGCGAGUGAAGUCCCGAGAUCUCAAGCAAGACGAUCUAGUCCUUAUAAAGGAAGCCAAUACACCACCCCUAUGCCGGCGCCUAGGAAGAGUAAGCAGGCUCUACGUCGGGUCCGACCAAACGCCUAGAGUUGCCGAUAUAGCCACAGCCAAUGGAACUAUAAGGCGAGCACUCAAUCGCCUGGUUCUCCUAUCACCUGACGAAAGCCAUGAUGCU